CGAUAGCGCAGCAUUGAGAGGGAGCUCAUUUCUCGCCAACAACGUCAACAUCAACAUAAACAACUACAUCUACACCUAAUCAUAAUUCAUUUGAUAAUAGCAAACAUCUCAAAGGCAACCGAAAACAAAGAGAUCCUUAUAGAUCUGAUCAAACUCUGUACGAAGGAAGCGGCGCUCACUGCUGAAUCGCCUGAGAUUUCAUACCCACUGUGUCACACACAUACAUACAUACAUCUAUCUCAUGCCAUGAGACCAAACUGAAUCUUGUGAGAAAGGUCAACCUGAGUUACAUACACCAAUAGGAGACAACAGACGGAGACCCGCGGAAAGAUAAAAGGUUCUCAUAAUAAUAUUGGAACAAGGCUACCAAAUCAGCAAAGAAGCCCCAGCUCCAAUUCAAACACUCAAAAGAAAUAAACUGCGCUCUGGGGAGGGACACAACGCCAGCCACAAUGCCCUCAGACACACAUCGCGCCGACGAGCGGCGCUUCCUCGACGAACGAGGCAGCAACGCGUCCCUGGCGCCCAACGGGCUCAAUCCCGCCACGAUAAUGGAGAAAGCGGUCCGCGAGCGCAUCGUCGACAGCUACUUCUGGAAAGAGCAAUGUUUCGGGCUCAACGAAGCAGACAUCGUGGACCGGGUAGUAUCCCACGUGUCCUUCAUCGCCGGCACAUACGGGUCCACGCAGAAGCCCUCUCCCUUCCUCUGUCUCGCGUUCAAACUCCUCCAGCUCUGCCCGUCCGACGCCAUCGUCUCGACCUACUUGUCCUACGGCGGGGAGAAAUUUAAGUACCUGCGCGCGCUCGCGUGUUUCUACGUCCGAUUGACGCGGAAGGCGGAGAACGUGUAUGCUAUUCUCGAGCCGUAUCUAGAGGAUAAGAGGAAGUUGAGGAGACGCAUGAGGAGCGGUGUCCGGUUGACGUUUGUGGAUGAAUUCGUCGAUGAGCUGCUUACGAAGGAGCGCGUGUGCGCGACGAGUCUUUGGCAGAUGCCGAAGCGGGAGAUCCUGGAGGAUUUGGAUUUGUUGGAGCCGAGGGUUAGUCCGUUGGGGGAUAUUGAGGAUUUGUUGGACGAGGACGAGGAUGAAGACGUGAAUGGGGGUGAGAGUGAAGAUGGCGAAGUUGGAGAUGAGGGUGGAGAUGAGCGGCGUGGGAGAUCGGGUUCUGCGGAUAGUAGCGAACGGGGUAGCAGGGGGAGAGGGGGUUUAUCUAGGAAUGGGAUGGAUGUUGAUGUUGAUGGAGAUGGACGGUCUGAUAGGAGUAGGAGUGAGAGGAGAGGGAGAAGCGAUAGUAGGUGAGCCUGAUAUGUUUCGAUUUACUCGAGCUUUUUUACUGCGGAUAUGAGAAUCAUGUUGUCGCGUAUGAUGAGCAUGAAGAUGUGAAUAAAAUACGAUGAGUUCAACCAUGGAUUAUCUCAUCGUUUACAGAGAGCACUACAUUGCUUGCGAAAGCAUCAUGACUGAAAAAUGUAAGA